AUGGGAACCAACGACAAAGUCCGGCUUAAAAAUAUAGCUUACGAACUUUAUAAGGACGCUCGAAUGAAACUCAAACAAGUAGACGGCUUGAAAGACGAGGCUUGUCCAUUCACGGCGUUUGGUGUUGGCACGCUAAUGGGUACGCUGUUGGCUUUAUUAACUCAACCAGUCUAUUUGUUAAAAUUAAAACAAGAAAGACGAAUUCGUGAAAAGUACAGGUCAAUGAUGGAGUUGUACAGAAUGACGAGGAACAGAUACACAGGUGCAGCUAAAAUCCUUCUGCCAGGAAUAGAACCAUGGAGGCCGUUGCAUUAUAUUAUCAGAUUAGAAGAAAUACGAGCUCUUGAGGUGGAGAUAGACCAACUUAUCCUCGCUUUGGAAUCCUUACCUGAUGAUGCACCGAAAUUCGACCUUAAACUAUUGGUUGGCAAUGCUAAGCCGAAACCGAAAAGCACAACGCCGGAGACGUCCUCUGAAGAAGAAAAAUAA